AAAGUUUUGUGCACGCUUGAUGUGCCAGAAAUUCAGAUUUGCAUACUGUGCUUUUUAGAAGGGUUGUGAAGUUGAUAGAAAAUGGAGAUUACAAUUUGCAAGAAGACAUUCCAUGUUAUUUAUUGAAGCAAGGUUAGUGUCAGCUUGAGUAAUAAAUAUUGAUUCCACUGAAAUCAAGGAUCAAAUGGUUUUUUUUUUGAACGGCCACCUAUGUAAUGGCACAAGAUGGUGUGGUGAAACAACUAUGAAGAUAAUUGUUCAGGGACUGGAAGAAUGACAAAAAGAAAAAUUAAAGAAAAUAGUUAUUUUAUGUUCAAAUGUUUGUACUUUUUAUGAAAAAAAGCCAUAAUUUUAAUUAGAGUAUGUAUCAAAAUUGUACAGAAAGGUGGUAAAGAGUUUCUUUUAACCCUAUAACUUCCCAGAUCUAAUUGUUAAUUCUCCCCUCUAGCUGUUACACAUUUCCUUGUAAAUUACUUGGGAGAAUUUGGUGUCAUACCAUAAUUAUAACUUCUAUCUGAUAAGUUUAAGUAUUCUCAUUACCUGUUUGCUGGAUAAUGUAUGGAUAUUAUAAUGAGAAGUUAUAUGUUAAUCAUUUCUGGGAAUUAAAGGGUUAAUUAGUUUUUAGCUGGUGAUCAAAAUGGUAUCCUGUCUUUCAACAAAAUAACUGUACAUUGUGUCAUCUAAGUUUUAUUUUUGAUGAAGAAAUGUUGCUUUUUUUUUUUGUAGUGCAAGAACAAGAGAGGGGGUUCAACUUGCUUUUGAGGAACUAGUAGAGAAGGUAUUUAAACAACUGAGCAAUUAAAAUGUUGUACAAUGUAAUAUUAUGGAGGACAUAGAGGCUGUGACCCUUUAACUCCCAUUGGCUUCCAGCCAUCAUGGGUUAUGAGCUAUUACAUCAUGCUCUACAAAUAUGAUAAGGGUGAUCAUAAAAAAGUAAAGUUUAUAAAAUAAAGUUGGGAAGAUUAUUUUGGGGUGUUUUUAGAUCUAAUCUUAACAGCAGUCUAGUGUAGUGUGCAAGGGUUGGGCCCAAGGUGGUCCUUUUACUUUGAUUCAUAAUUUGCAUAUUCCCAGGGCAUUUUAUUGAUAUAUGUAAAUGACUUUGCACAAUUCUCUGAAGUGAGCCUAAAUUUAUUUCUGUUAAUUGUUUGUCUGAGGUCACCAAACAAGGCGAGAGAUUUAACUAAGAAGUACAUGUCAAUACAGAAGCAUCUCUAAAUUAUUGAAUUUUUUAAGUAUAGAUUUUUAAAAGGAAAAUCACAAACUGCAAAUGCGCAACUUGUUCAUCUCACAGAAAUCUGCCAUGACUUAAAAUUAGAAGUCACUGCCAUCUUUACAUACAGGUUAUUGUCCAAAAUGUGUGGGUUAUAGUGUAAAAUUUAAAGAAUAUUGAUAAAUGUCGAACAAAUAGAUUGUCAUUGAUUGCAGUCAUCAUAACAAGAAUAUUAAGGCUACAGAAGCUUUAUCAUGCAAAAAAAAUUAACAACUACUUCUGGCUCAAGAUUGAUUGUAGCACUUUAAUUUUGAGUCAUGCCCUUUUUAUAAGAUCCUAAAUUGUUUUUUUUUUCUUCGACUUUAACUUUGACUUAAAGGUUUUGAAUGCACAAGUUGAAGUUUGGGAAAAUAUAAUUAUAAUAUAUUAUUAUUAACAGAUUUGAAACAAUGCUAAACAUUGCAUAGUUGCAUUUUUAGACUUACACUGAUGGUCCUCUUAGCAUUAACAUGACAAGGGAAUCUAAAAGUUGAGUUGGACAAGUUAAGGUUUGCGGAUUGGUUCCACAGAGAUGUUUCUGAUAAUUUUCUUUCAUUUUGCAGCAAAUUUGACGACCUUUGUAAGGAAACUGCAGUGGAAAGCAAUGAAUUGGUAAGUUUAUUUGGACCAAAAUGUGAAUUCCCCUGAGAGAGAGAGAGAGUUCUAGUUUCCUUCAUUCAUGACAGACACAGAAUUUUCUUUCAGUUAUUUUACAGCAAGACCUUUUAGUCAGUGUCUCAAAAUUCAUUUUAUAAUCUUGUAGACUGCAGACUAGCAAUGCAUUCAUACUACUACUGUCUCAACUUCCACAUGGAUACUAUAAAUACAAUAAAUUUAUUUUUGUGGGUAUGUGUGUGUGUAAUAUCAAUAUAUGGUAACUUAAUGCAUCAAAAUUUUAGGUCAAUUCACUUAUAUUUUAAGACUGAAGUUGCGCAGUUAAAACCUAAUACAUUUAUUAAUUUUUCUUUUCAAUUAAUUCUUAAAAUUGGAUUAGAUUUUGGCUGUGUGGAGAUUUAGGACAGAAGUUAACCCCUUGCACCUUAAUAUCAGUAUGCAUAUUCUCCAUACUGUUCCCUAUACAAUUCAUAAGCUGCUGACAAGGAGAAGUUGUUCAACAGUCAAGAACUUCUUCAGCUGGUGAUCAUUUUUAUUGUUAUUGCCUCCCAUGGAAGCAAAGCCAUUAUGUUGUCCUGUUGAGUUGGAUGAGGGUGACAAUAGAAGACAAAUGACCUCUUCAUCCACAACAGAGUCUGCCGAGUUUUACCUGAUAUUCUUCGCAAUGAUAAAAUUGAAAAAAAAUCUGCUCUAUUUAUUAAUUUAAUAUUGCUCAGUUCCAAGAAAACUGAUAUUUGAAAUAUUCACUAAUCUAUAACUAUUCAAUUAAAAAGUGAUAAACUUCCAUUGCAAACAUCUGUACAUAAGUUACAAAUGGUGCACAUGUCCUCAAGAAAAGAAGUCAAGUCUUUCUUUCUGCAUCAUCAUACAACCUCUGGUUCUUUUCAUUGCUAUUAAAAAAAUUGUGCUAUGUCAGUAGCAAUAUGCAUAUGUUGGUUAUUCAUAGCCAUAUGUUGGUUUCUUAACUGCCUAUUUUCUUUAUUAUUGUGACCUUAAUGUUUGAUUCAGGGGUGAUAUAUAUUAUGAAGAAAUGCUAGUCACUCUUAGGGUCAAAGGGUUGAUUAACACAAUUUCAGUUCUGGAGGAAAUUGUAGUUAAACUGUUGCAACUCUUCUAAAUGUAUAGUAUUGUUGUACAUGUAGUUAUUUCUCUUGAGGUGUCUUUCCUGGAUGGAAAUUUCAUCCUGUAUCUUCCAGAUGUUUAAAAAGUGAAGUUCUUAACAAAAUACGUUUUGUGCUUUUUGUUUUGUUGUAGGCAUCCUCACUUGAUGUAAUGAAAUCUGCAGCAAGGAAGUUCAUUGAUUUUGUUAACAAUGGUCCCUCGCCUUACCAUGGUAUGUUUUAUCCCUGUAGCUUCAGAGUCUGGUGAACUUCUUAAAUUGUUUGCUGUCUCUUCAUCUUUUUAAACCAGUGUUAAAAUGUAUUAGGAAUUAGUUUUACAGUAUAUACACAACUAGAGACUCUUAAUUUCCAUUUCAACAUGAACAAUAUCAAGACAUGAUUCAGUCCAAGGGUAAACAGCAACAACAAUCUUAGAGACAAAUGUGAUUCAAACCUUGGGAAACAAGGGAUUCACUGAAAAUCUCAUCAUUUGUCUCAUGAUAUAAAAUAUUGGUAAAAUCAAGCCAUCAAUGAAAGAUCACAAUAUUAUUGUUGUUAUACUGCUAUUCUUUGUAAGGCUAGAGGUUAAGUGGUGAAAUGAAGGUGUUGCAUGACAGUGAGGUGCUUUGACUAAAAGAGCAAUGUAGCUUGUAUGCAUUAAUAUUACCAGUUUACCAUCUGGCUGCAUGAAUUUGGGUGCAUAAGGAAACAGACUCAAUACCUUAUAAAGACAGCAGAAUCACCUCAGUUGCAUGCCCCAGAGUUGGGGCUUUUUAAUAAACUUUUGGAAAAGUUUCUGUUUGGACAUGACCCAAAAUCACAAAAUGGUUGCCAAAAAUAAAAACUCUGCUGUCUGGGAAAUCACAUGGUGCACUUAAAAUUGGCCACACCUGUGUUCUUUGAAAUGAUUGAGGGACCCAUCUUUAUUUCUGUAGAGAGGGAGGGAAAAAUAUCUUGGAGGGAAAAAUAUCUUGGAGAUAAAAAUUUCUAAAAGCCCCCCCACCCUUUCAGGCCAUGUAAAUAGUAAGUGACCCUCCUCCUUUACAGAAAAAUUAUGUGAUGACCUCCUCCCCUCCCCCUGUAAAACAGAUCAUUAACAUAGAAACUUACAUUGCAAAUUUAUUGCCUUUUUAUUUUUGUCUUACCCACCAUGGGGACCAAAACAGUUUUAGCUUGGCCAGGAGCACUACAGAGGAUAAUGUUAUCAAAAUCCUCCCCUUGUUCAAGAGCUUGCCUGCAUCAAUGACCUAUCUUUCAUGUUAUUCUUCUUUGCCCUGUUUAGUAUUUUGUGACCAGAAACCAGUCAACUGAUGAUCAUUGCAUUUGCUGUUGGUGGGAAGUAUGUUCCUGGAAAUGGUUUCAGCAUUGUAGGAGCUCAUACUGAUAGCCCCUGUCUCAAGGUACACUGGAAAAAGUCUUCUCAUUAAAAAAUAGUCACUGAAAAAAUCAUUCAUUUAAGAGAAGAGGUCACAAUAUUUCAAAGAUUUUUGGUAAUACCAUCAUGGUUUAAGACUAUCUAUUUCACAGCAUGUUUCUGGCUCUUGAUCUAUGAGAAAUUUUGGAUAAUUUGAGAAAAUUAUGCAGACCCUGGACUACUGGUAUGGUUUUCGCAGGUGUUAAAAGCUGUGCUGUCUACUUAAGUGAAAAUAUUUUUGCUCCCCUUUUUUCUUGAAUCAAUUCAAUCUUGGACACGUUAAUUAAAUGUUCAACAUCCCUUCUUCCCUCACUCAGACAUGGCAAUGUUAAACUUCCAACCCAGGGGUGUGACCUGAUGGAUUUUGGACUUCACGUCAUGGUAUAUCCUGCACAAUUCAUUUAUUUAUUUAUUUCCAUAGGGUACAGUAAUAAAGAUUAACAGUAAUCAAAAUUAUGCAACAACAGCACUGUCCUCUAGCAUUUUAAGGCUGAUUGCAGAGAAGAGUGAGGUUCCACUGCAGGUAAAAGUUCAGGGAUGUGUUACAUAAAAAAUUGUUACAAUUGGUUACCUUUGCUUGAACUUCUACAAGUACCAAGCAAUAGCUUUAAUUCCAUCGUAUCUUGUUUUUAUUAAAGGAAGUGUGUGUGCAGAAUGAUUCCACACGUGGAACCACUAUAGGCCCCAUCCUGUCUGCCAAGCUUGGUUUAUUAACCAAAGGUAAUUGAAUUUUGUUGUAAAUACUAGCAAUGUACAAAUGCAUUUUACCCACUAAACACAAGAGUAAAAGGUUGGUUAACUGCAUGCUAUGGUCAGAUGUAGGACAUAUCAUUGCCAUCUGUUCAGCUUGUGAGCAGGCUCUUGUGUUUGGGUUACGCCAUCGGCAGCUACUAAUGGAAAAAAGUUGUUGAAACUGCUGCUAAACUCUUAUUUUUCUGAUAGGUAUUUACAUUGGUGUAAGCCAGACUGUGCUUUGCUAUUAUUUCAGGAGUUAUCUGCUCCCAGACUUCUUUUUGUUUACUGCCAUAAAGCUCUACCAUUACAAUAUCUAAGAAUUUGCGGAUGUUAUGAAUUUUAUCAGGCAUCUAAACAUCACUGUCAGAAGUGAUAUAGACAGUUUGCAAACAGUCACGCAUUCUCAAAGAAGUAUGAAAAUUUGGUGAAUAAUCAGAAUUUUUAAGACCUAGGAAAAGUAUGAAGAGUGAAACAAGAAGUCUUCAAAAAAAUUGGGAUGAAGCCAGAAGUUUAAACCGAGGAAAGCAAGUGCGUUAUUACUGAGUGAGGUUAAGCUAAAUAUCUAGAAGUACAUGGUAAACAAGUAACAAGCCAGAUUCAUCUUGAGUAUUGCAAACUUUAUUUAUGAUCUGUUUUUAGACCUUGGCGGUCCCCAGCUAGCAAUGCACUCCGUCCGAGAAAUGUGCUGCUCCUCCAUUGUACAUCAAGAGACACUGCUAUUCAAGGUGACAAUUUCUUUGCACAGUAAGGCAUUCAUAAGCUGGCGUUACAUGAUCUGUCGCGCAACGCUAUCUUAUGGUGGCCGGCAAACGGUGUGUUCUUUAGUCCAUACCAGACAAACAAGUAAAAUGCUUCUAAAGAGCGCAAUCAUCGCACUGUAUGAUCUGUUGGCGUGGUCAAAGUAUAUUACCUUCAUAACUUAUUUUGUUAUUGUUAAGAAGGUCACAAAUAGACAUAGUAGGAAUUGAUUUGUAUGUUACGCGCUUACCUUUUACUAACUUGUCGUAAGCGACAAUCAACAUUUGUUUACUGGGAUUUUAAUCAUCACCAGGAGCCCAUUACUAAUGGGUUCCUGUCAUUACUGAGUGUUUGGACGGGUGCGAAUCUACCAUGGGGUUGAACAAAGUGAUUCUCCUUAGCAAUUAAUUGAUAGUUUUUUAGUUUUUGUUUUUUGUUUUAUUUUGCGGGGUUUCUUUGAGACAGUUCUAACAGCACUGGAUUCCGUAGUAGGAGCUCUCUAAAGUCAAGCCAACGGCAUUCCUGAGCUUUUUUUGCAUGAAUCCUCCCCCCAAUCUCCGUUUAAGGGAUUUUUGCUUGAAAAGCAAUGUAGGUUCAACUCAGCAAAGCAAACAAGACAAGAACAAUGUAAAAAUGUAAAAAUUGUGUAACAAGGGAAGGGGUAGAAGACGGGAGCAUGUAAACAAGAGAUAGUAUUCAAACAGUGUAUUCUGUAAACUUUCUCAUUUAUCCAUUGUCUUUUAGAAUCAAGCAGGACGUGUACAAGCAUAAAAGGGUGGUUCUUGGAAUUGUGUGCAUUGUUUUGUAUUUACGAUCUAAAAACAAGGAUGACGAAAAGCAUGUGAAAAGUACAUAGAAAUUAGCACGCUCAGCACAAUAAAUGUUUGCACUACUCUUCUGAUUCGAUCCAGCUGCUGAAUUUCUACCGAAAAAGUUUCUUGAAACUGAGAGUAUAUAUUGAUAAUAUUCAUCGUGUUUGUUUUGUGUUAAGUUGCUAAUACGAAAGGUGUCUACACACCAAAGAACUAAAACCGAAUACCUCCGGAAGCUUAUAUUUCCUUUAUUUCAGCAUACGAAAUCAGUUUAAGAAACAUCUACUGAUCAAAAACACAGUCAAGAUCGAGAUGUAUGUUGAACAUUUGAGAACCAGUAAUUCCAACCAAAGUUGACCCUCGCCUGUUCAAUUACUUCUUCUUCUCUUCUCUCGCACGGAGAGUGAAAUCAAGCUUAAGGUUUCUUUAACAUUUUCAGAGGUUACUAUGUGGCAAAAUCAUGCCAAAUCUAGUAUAUCUUCGAAAAUAGAGCCGAUAGUAAUAUUUUAGAUAUUUGAAUUAGUCACGAAAGCCCAAGGAUACAGCUAACUCGUAAGUAGAGAAGUGAGUACAGUGACGAAUGAAAGUAAAACGAAUGACGGAAGUGAAUGUUCCGUGACUCUUGGAAGCUUACAGAGAAAUCUCACGAAAUUCAUCCGAAAACACCACUUAAGUUACUUAAGUUCCUCCAAUAGGUCCUCAUCUCCAACACGCAAAUUUUCAUCUUAAAUUUAUUUUCAGGGUUUAUUCUAAGCAUCACUGAACAAAACCUGAAAAAGACAAUUCGAUUUUAGGCGAAAACUCAACAUUACUUGUUUGAGUCCCACUAGGUGGGACCGCUGUUACAACGCGGUUCCAUUUCAACUUCGUAGCAAGCAACUCAUCAAAUAUAAAUUGCAAUUUCGCGUUUUAAGCGGCGGCUAAAAAUUACAAUUCGAAGGUGACCUUCAGAGGAAACAAAAUCUCCUGCGAAAUGGACUUCCGUGUAGUAAAUCGUCAUUAGUCUAUAUCAAGUGAUCGUACUUUUGGAAUUAUAGAUAGCGUUAUAAAUAUCCUAUGACUAAGCUGCGUAACCUUAGCAACAGACACAUACACACUGACAUAGCAAGAUUUGGUGGUCACACAUAAAACUUAGUCUUUUCCGCAGGAAGCCCAAGUAAUGAGGAACGUUUGGUUAGAUAAUUAAGAUGAAGUCAUCAAAGAACAAUGCCGCGCGAAAACGGCUCUCUAUAGAAGAGAAUUUAAUUUGCAACCGAUUCUAUGAUUAUU